UAAGUCAAAUAUUAACGAAUCAUUGCAUCGGAAAUAUAGAAAAUGACAUCAUAUUUUUAACUUUAGACCACUUACGAUUUUUCAUUGUUUACGUGUGCUGCCCACAAGAGUUGAUUCAUCGAUGUAUUCUGCGUAUGUGCGAAGUGGAUUGUAUUGUUGCUAGCCUUUGAAGAUCUUUUCUUCAAGCCCCAUUCCAUAUUGAUUCUUUGCUUUCGUUCUCCUAGGAAGAUAUAAGAAAGAAGUUAUGAGUGAAGAGGAUAAAGCUAGACAGCUUAUGGCUGACGCUAAGAAGAAGCUGGAUUCUUCAAAAGGCUUCCUCGGCUCAUUGUUUGGUGGAGGCUCAAAGGUGGAGGAGGCCUCCGAGAUGUACCACCGCGCCGCCAACAUGUUCAAGAUGUCCAAGAACUGGAGCAAGGCUGGCGAUGCCUUCUGUGAGGUUGCCAACCUCAGCUUGAAGAACCAGAACCGCCAUGAUGCAGCCACCAACUUUGUCGAUGCAGCAAACUGCUACAAGAAGGUUGCCCCCACAGAGGCAGUAACGACGUUGAUGAAGGCCAUCGACAUAUUCACCGACAUGGGCCGCUUCACGGUGGCUGCCAAACACCACCAGACCAUCGCCGAGAUCUACGAGACCGAAAAGGUCGACCUGGAAAAGUGCAUCAAACACUACGAGAAGGCGGCUGACUUUUUCCGCGGCGAGGAGUCCACCUCCUCCGCCAACAAGUGCCAGCUGAAGGUGGCGCAGUACGCCGCCGAAAUGAAGGACUACGAAAAGGCCAUCAGCAUCUACGACCAGGUGGCGGCUACCUCACUGGAGAGUUCGCUGCUCAAGUAUAGCGCCAAGGACUACUUCUUCCGGGCGCUGCUGUGCCAUCUCUGCAUCGACGUCAUCAACGCCAACAACGCCCUGACGCGCUACCAGGAGAUGUACCCCGCCUUCCAGGACUCGCGCGAGUGCAAACUCAUCAAGAGCAUAUCGACCCACCUCGAGGAGGAGAAUGUGGACGCGUUCACCGAGACAGUCACCGAGUACGACUCCAUCUCGCGACUUGACCAGUGGACCACCAUGAUGCUCAACCGGAUAAAGAAGACCAUUCAGGAGGACCUCAAGUAGGCGCCCCGCCGCUGAAACCAUCCGAACAUCGCUGGAGGUCAGGCGAGUCCAUUCGGACCGAGGGGAGGCCUGUCCUGAGCCGGAGGAGGGCGAGUCCAUCUUGUUGGACGGUAGGUCCGCUCCGAGCGGGCGCUGGAACUCUGUUUAUUGCCGUAUACUUGUUUGUGUGAUAGUGCGCUGCGUUCGGCUUCUUUCCGCCGGUGCCCGGAGCUGCCGUGUCCGGGCGGCUGCGCGUAUUGUUAUGUUAUGCCGCCGUGACGACGUUUGGGGCCUAAUUUAUAUAUUUAUCUCGGUAGCGGGGGUCAGGCCCGAUGGUAUACCUAAUGUGGGAUAGCCGCGUCUGUCAAUGUUGGUUUGUCGGUGGCUAAGGUGCAGGGCCGGGUGGCGACGUUACAGUCUCCCCCGGCGGCGGUACUCCGUAUGCACACUGCACGCGAGUCCGCGUUGUGAGCUUCUCUCUGUGUGUUUGUGAGGAGUGUGAGAUACUAUCCGGCCCUCCGCCGUCAUUCCAAUCAGCUCUCUGAUAGGGCCUUCUGCCCGGCCUCGCUCCGCCUGCGCUGCGUCGCUGAGGAGCGCACCAGCUAGUUCCCUCGCUCGAUGUAUAGCUCACCGCCGCUUCCCGGCGUCCAGUUCACGCUGCCUUCCUCAGUCUGUAGUUUGAUCAGGAGCGGCCGACCGACCUCUCUGUAGUCUGGUGAGGACCCCGGCCGCCCGCGCGCCCCAGCCGGGACCCUCCGUCGGCCGCCGCUCUGCCCUCUGCUCGACCUGUCUUCGUGGUGUGUGUGGUGUCCAUAGCGAUUGUGCCAGCGAGUCGCCCUUAGAGCCGCUGCAGCCACGUUCGAACCCCACCCAAUACAUCUUACAGAGACAAUA